ACGUAGUUCCUCAGCCGCCAGUGGGAGUGUCCGUGACAAGCGGCUUCUGCCCCGCCCCCGGCCCUGGCUCCGGGUUCCUGGUCCCAGGUCCCCAGAGAGGUGAGUCCGCUGCAGGUGGGCGCGGGGUGCAGUUCUGUCAGCGCCGCUGCCGUCGCAGGUGCCUUCCCGAGCUCUCACCCGGCCACGUAGCUGAGCCGCGCUCCAGAGUGCUGCAGCUUCGCCAAACCCCGGGACCAGCUGGGGCGCGGAGUCGGAUCGGUGAGCCCUCAGAGGCCGGACCGGCUGGGCCUCGGAGCCUUGGGGGCGACCAGCUGCCGCGCCCCCGUGUACCUUGCUCACCAGCAGGAGGCUGCCGCCAGCUGCUAACCCCCGGCGCGCGCCGUGGCCUUCCUGGGCUCACCCUGUAGCGCCCGGCGAAGUGCUGACGGUCGGCCUAAGGAGGAUGCGGGGGAGUUGUGCAGACUACCUGGAAGACAACAUCAACUUUUCCCAGGGAUUCCUACCAGCCUGUUAGAUCUGGUUGCGCAUUUGCUCUGAGACCUCGUAUGCUUGUCGCUGAAAUAAAAGCGGUAUUUUUCCUAGUUUCCUUUUAGGACAUUAUGACUUUACCCGUUUGCAAAACAGUUCAGGAAAUUGGCAGAAGAACAGACCCUUCCCACUCCCAGGAACUGUGUCGUCUUCAGGAGUUUGGGGUCAAGGCUGACGAAUGAGGAGGCUCUGUGUGCAUCCUUUCCUCCUCAGCAUCCUCAGAGGAGCUUCGUUUCUACCAUCUUUAUAGCGUUCAGAGCCAUGAUCCCGAAGGCUUGAGCUGUUUACAAGGAGAGAGAAGCUGCCUCCUGAGCCCCAAAAUGGCAGCUAAAAUGGAGAUAACUUUGAGCUCGCAGACCCACAUUCAGGCUUCCUCGAAGCAAGAGAGACAUAUAAUAGCAAGGCUAGAAGAUAAAAGGGAGCCCGCCUUGCAAAAAGAGUGGCCCGAUCCAGAGCUCUCCCGCCAGAAUUUUAGACAGUUUUGUUAUCAAGAGGUGUCUGGACCCCAAGAGGCACUCUCUCGGCUCCGACAGCUCUGCCGUCAGUGGCUACAGCCCGAGGUGCACACCAAAGAGCAGAUUUUGGAGCUGCUGGUUCUGGAGCAGUUUCUAAACAUCUUGCCCCCAGAGAUCCAGGCUCGGGUCAGACAUCGAUGUCCAAUGAGCAGCAAGGAGAUUGUGACCCUGGUGGAAGAUUUUCACAGAGCAGCCAAGGGACCAAAGCAGUGGGUGGCUGUUUGUAUGCAGGGCCAGAAGGUGCUCUUGGAGAAAACCGGAUCCCAGCUUGGAGAACAGGAACUGCCAGACUUCCAACCGCAAACUCCUAACAGAUAUCCCCGGGAGAGCUCUCUGGAGGAGACUUCCCGGGCAGGAUCUCAGGACCAGCAGAGCCCUCCUCAUUGGGAAAAAUCCCCACUCCUCCAGGAACCUACCCCUAUGUUGGAUGGGACAGAGGCCCCCAGAAUGAAAAAUGACAACAAGGAAAAUCCACGGCCAGAGGGGGCGAAUGGAGCAGAGCCGGGUGUGGUGUCCGUGGGAAGAUCCAAGGGGAGUGGUCCUCGGAGCCCCAAACCCAGAGGGGCGGACGGGAACGAGCCCCGCUUGUCCCGGCGGCAAGGCAGCCCCCCGAACGCUCAGAAGUCAUUUGCCCCCUGCCGGAGGCGUUGCAGGGAGCUGGAGUACGUCAGCAGCCCCCUGAAGAGCCACCCCCUGAGAGAACUGAAGAAAAGCAAGGGUGGCAAGAGAAGCCUGAGCGGCCGUUUGCAACGUCGCAGCCACCAGGCCACCCGCUCGGCCAAGAAACCGUACAAAUGUGAGGACUGUGGGAAAAGCUUCACGUGGAAUUCCGAGCUGAAGAGACACAAGCGGGUCCACACAGGCGAGCGGCCCUACACAUGCGGGGAGUGUGGGAACUGCUUCGGGCGCCAGUCCACCCUGAAGCUCCACCAGAGGAUUCACACUGGGGAGAAGCCCUACCAGUGCGGCCAGUGUGGGAAAAGCUUUCGCCAGAGCUCCAACCUCCACCAGCACCACCGGCUGCACCACGGGGACUGACUGCGGGGGCCACGUGCUCUCCCAUCAGAAGGAAGGUACCGGCCUCGCCCUCCCCCUGACUUGCAUGUAAAUCACAAAACCUGUCUGCGUGACUUACAAGGAAAGCAAGAGGUCCCCUGAGGGGUGGUUGGCACCCCUGGGGCUGGUGAGGAGGCCGGAAGAUGCUGACAGGGAUGUCACCACACACGGGGAUGUGGCGACUGCAGUGAUGGAGAAGAGGUGGCAGGUGUGGGCGCUGGGUCAGAGAGCACCAGGGUGUCUGUUGGAGAGCAGGGAGUCACUGCUGAGGGAAAACCAGGACGACCCCGCAGGUGUCCCCAGUGCUUAGAUGUCAAAGCUCCCCCACGCUGCUUCCUUUAUCCUCUAAAUAUGUCCAAGGAUAAGUUCUGUAUAGAGUUAUGCACUUGCCCUCGUACCAGACAAUCUUUAUCACACGCACACUCCUUUAAUAAAGAUGAGUGAUCCAUGUGCACUUCAAGGCAGAAGUUCAUUGGAAUAUAAAUCCCCUAAUAUUCUUCCCGUGGUUCCUGGCUUUUUGUGACACAGGACACAUGAAGUGGCAGUGUGGUCAUUCCUUUUGUGAGGAGAGGGGUAGUAGACAGUGCUUUCACCAAAAUAAAUACAAACACACACACACACUCUGAGGGAUCUUUUUAUAUCAGAGCACCUUUGAUUGGGGGACAAGAAAAUCCCAGCUUCUGCACCCCGACCUGUAGCUAUAGAGAAAAGGUAACAAGAAGCAAACAGCAGAGCCACCCCUCAUCACAAAGGAGAUACCAGGGUGAAAAUCGGCUGUUCGGAGGUCUCAGGGCUUAGUGUAGUGAAUAAAUGAUCCACAUUGUGCAACCACUACCAAAAAGUUAAAAAAAAAAGAAGUAGUGGAUAUGGGUGUAGACCACUAAGGACACAGCAAAGGGAAUCCUUACUACCCUCCUUGCUCCCUCAGGCCAGUAGCUUGAAGAAUAACAAAAUGAUUCAGGUGAUGAAAAUGUUCUAAAAUGGAGUCAUUUCAGUACGUGUGCUAAAAAUCAUUGAAAUAUCCAUCAAUUUUAUGCUGUGUAAGAGAGACCUCAGUGCAGUUUCUGAAAAUGACAAAAGGUUUUAUCUCAAAUGUUUUGAGUCCUAGAACUAGGCCUGAGGGAUCUUCUAAUCCCACCCCCUCAUUCUCUCAAAAUGUACAUUUUAACCCACUCAGCGGACAAUGCUUCAUCGCGCUGGGCAAGCCAGCCGAUCUCCCAGUUUAGAGAAGACUCUUGGUGGACGGUGCUCUACCUCAAACAAAACAGGAGCAGGUCAUGUUCUUUCUAAAGCAUCAGUAUUCUUGAGUGAUUGCAGUCACCUCAGGGCUGUGGCCUAUGCUAUUGUGUGUCCCCCAAGAAUCUCAGGUUCCUGCCACUGCAGAGGGAUAAGGGCACAUGUGUGCAUCCUUGACCCCCGAGUCUUUGCACACACUGUUCCCUUUGCCCUUAGGACCCGCCACCCCUUCUCCCUCCCCACCUCCCAGCUCUCAAAAGAGUUGUCAGCUCCACAGAGCCUUCUCUAGUCAGACAUGGAUGUCACCUUGUGUCAUGAGCCCCCUGCUCCACUCUGCACACCUAUGGCACUCAACCUGGGAGCAGAUUUGCCCCCCAGAGGGCAUUAGACAAUGCCCGAAAACAUCGUUGGUGGCUAUGACUUGGGGGAAGGGAGGGGAACCCCUGGCCUCUACUGGAUAAAGACCAAGGAUGCAGCCAAACAUCCUGGGGUGCACAGGACAGCCUCCAAAUAGAAUCAUCUCCACCAAAAUGUCAGCAGUGCAAGGGGUGGGGAACAGUGCCGUAUGGAUUAGAAGCUAUUUAAGGCUGAGAAGCUUGGUUUUCCACCAUUUUAGCUUUUAGGCUUUGCCCACACCCAGUGGAAAAAAACAGGUGUCGAGUAAUUGAAGAGUCAAGGCGCUCUGCUCCACCCUCAGGACCCAUUCCUGCCUGAAUCAGAUCCUGGUGGCAGUCUGUUGAAUGCAGCAGACAAAACCUCUUGGCUUUUGGACAGAGAGAGACUUAGUGGACUCAGUGGUGAGUGAAGACAGGAACUCUCCCUUAAAUAAGAGCUUUUUUAACUUAGACCCAGUGGUGCUUUAUAGUUUUUGGUGGCACUUUAGACUAAUCCGCUGUCCCUUUCCCAGCGACUGUGUUAAAUGUAAGAAGAAUUUAUCGUCAUUGUUAGGCCUGCCCCUUACCUCCCUCCUGUCACUGCCUCUCACUGGUCAGAGCCUCCUGAUUCCUUAUUCUGUUCCCACCUUUUUUUCCCAGGCCAAUUUCACUGUUGCUUUUUUAAGAACUUCUCUAAUCAUACUUUGUAUUAGUUUCCUAUCUGUGCUGUAACAGAUGACCACUUAGUGGCUUAAAAACAACACAAACACAGCAGAGGGCAGGGAGCAGAGUAUAGCUCAGUGGUAGAGCACGUGUUUGGCAUGCAUGAGGUCCUGGGUUCAAUCCCCAGUGCCUCCAUUAAAAAAU